AUUUAAUGUCGUUACCCUGAUUGUUUACAUUUGAGGAGAUGCAAACAUUCGCACAUUUACUCACCAUUUAGAAUUAAUAUAUUUUUAAGACUGGAAAAUGAUAGAAGGGGCCAUGCGCUGUAGGGAAAACACGUAAUGGAACUCCUUUUCGCGAAAUGGAAUGGCGUAUAUGAAAUGGAACAUGAUAUUACGUAAUUUUUUGUUUUUUUCACUCAAAAAGAUGUACAGUGAUAGUCAAGUUGAGAAGACAGGUGAAGAUCCUUGGUAUUAUGACGUACGUUAUGCAAGGUUUUGGCAUCAUUACAACACCAUGAUGAUGACAGCACACAAAGAUGCAGUAGUAAGAGCUAGACAUAUUGCAUCACAUACAAAUGCAUCCCUCUGUGGAAUGCUGAAAGAACAAUCGUAUGAAAAUUUCCCAAAGAACAAUGAAUUUUCAAGACUUUCAAGAAAAUCUUCAUCUAGUAAAAGUCUGACCGACAUUUCAAGGUCAAGCCGAAACCGCAAGAAGAGAAAAAGGAAGAAAAGGAACAGGCAGCACAGAACUCAAGCCGUUCAGGACAGUCAAGGAAUAGUGAGUGACAGUGAAGCUCUGCAGUCGCAGAUGAGCCAAGGAAUGCAUUUGCAGGAUGAGGAGGAAAACAUGGAAGUUAGUGAAGACUUCUUAGAAUUCCUUCAGCAGAGUGAGCAGCACCGUGUUGAGUGGAAAAUCCGUAAAGUGAAAAAGGCUUUGGAUGAGGAGAAGCAGUCGGAGGAGAGUGAAAAAGAUUCCAAACCAAAGGAAUCUUUAAGAAUACUGGGUAAACAAGAGCAUCCGGAUGUCAUCCGGAGCAGAGAGAUGCACCAGUUGUAUGGGGAAGCAGCAGCAAGGAUACAUGCAAUGGAGACUGCAGUCCAGUUGUCUUUUGACCGUAUAUCAACACUAUAUCAGCCUCAGUAUUGGCCAAACAUUCCUCUCAAGCUGAUAUUUUGAGGAGACUUUUAGCUUGCAAGACUGCAAAGAAUCCAUUUUUAUGUUUAUGAGAUUUGAAAAAGAUAGUAACUGUUGAGUAGUUCUCACUCAGCAUAUUUUAUUACAAUAAACGGAAAUCGUAGUUUCACUAUUUUGUUUUAAUGUUGGAUAACUUUUUCAGAGACAGCGGUAUAUUUAUUUCAUUUUAAUGUUUUAUGAAAACAUCUUACCUGAUUUAUAUGAUAAUUAUUAAUUGACUAACUUGAAAAAUAUGUAAUUAUUUUACU